AUUUAUCACUGUUAGCAGUAAAAACUAACAUGGAAUUAUCAUUUUCUGGCAUAAAAUAGACAGUUUGCCCCGUCUUUUCCCUCUCAUCAUUUCUCUCUCUCUCUCUCUCCAUCUCUUUCUCUAGUACUGUACUGUACUGCACACACAAACACACACAGAGAGUGAGAAUUUAGCAUUAAAGAUGGUUUUAAACUCAAGAAAAUGCAGAUGGGCUUCUGUUUUCCUGCUUUUCUUGGCUUGUUCAUCUGCUGCUGCUGUUGUCGAAGAUGGCUCACUUGUGAAUGGAGAUUUCGAGACUCCUCCUUCUGGAGGCUUCUCCUCAGACGCCGGAUUUUCCGGCGGCCCCACCGCAAUCCCGAGCUGGGAAACCAACGGCACGGUGGAGCUGGUUGAAUCCGGGCAGAAACAGGGCGGGAUGAUCCUCAUCGUACCGCAGGGUGCACACGCGGCGCGUCUCGGCAACGACGCCGAGAUCAGCCAACAAAUCACGGUGGAGAAGGGCGCACUCUACUCCAUCACCUUCAGCGCCGCCCGCACGUGCGCCCAGCUGGAGUCACUCAACGUCUCCGUGCCCCCGGCCUCGCAGACCAUAGAUCUCCAGACUCUCUACAGCGUUCAGGGCUGGGAUUCCUACGCGUGGGCCUUUCAGGCGGAGCGUGAGGAGGCGCGUGUGGUUUUCAGAAAUCCGGGCAUGGAGGAUGACCCCACCUGUGGGCCCAUCAUUGACGACGUCGCUAUCAAGAAGCUUUUCGUCCCCGAUAAGCCCAAAGAUAACGCAGUUGUGAAUGGGGAUUUUGAAGAAGGGCCAUGGAUAUUCAGAAACGAGUCACUCGGGGUACUGCUCCCCACAAACCUAGACGAAGACACGUCAUCACUGCCCGGUUGGAUAGUCGAAUCGAACAGAGCGGUUCGUUUCAUCGACUCGACCCACUACUCAGUCCCGGGUGGCAAGCGGGCCAUCGAGUUGCUAUCCGGGAAAGAAGGCAUAAUCUCACAAAUGGUGGAGACAAAGCCAAACAAGCCCUACAGAUUGACUUUCUCGUUGGGCCAUGCAGGUGACGCAUGCAAGCAGCCGUUGGCAGUUAUGGCCUUCGCCGGAGAUCAGGCACAAAACGUACACUACACUCCCAAUUCGAACUCCACAUUUCAGAAGGAGGAUCUCAACUUCACCGCCAAGGCUGAGAGGACACGAGUCGCUUUCUACAGCGUUUACUACAACACGAGAACUGAUGAUAUGAGCUCUUUGUGUGGGCCUGUGGUCGAUGAUGUAAGAGUCGAACAAUCGGGGUCAAGUAGGGUCGGGCUCGGUGGAUUGGGGUUGAUCUUUGUUUUCUUGGGCUAUCAAUUCAUGGUUCUGGUUUUGGUUUAAGGUUUCAGGGGUAAGUGUUUGUCUUGAUAUAUGAUGGGGAUAUAUGUUUGUGAUUUGUGAUUUUUUUUCUAAAAUAAUUUUGAACCAUAUAAUAUUAUCUUGUUUUCAAUUUAGAGGCCAUCCCUCGUUUGAGCGGUGAGCGGCUCUUGUGUGA